CUGCUGGCUGCUGGGCCUUGCGUGCUUGUGCCUUUGAGCGCGGGGGUCCUUCCCUGCGGCGUGUCUGUGUAGACGACUCUGCCCCGGGCCAACAUGGAUGUGUGCUCGCGGCCCCGGUCGCCCGCGAGGGUGCGUGCGCUCAGAUGGGACCCAGGUGAGCCCUGCUGCCCCCUGCUCCAGCCCGCCCAUCAUAGGCUGGCCCAGGCCCCGCGCAGACACGCCAGGCCCUCAGCCCCAGCCCAUGGACCUGCGGGUGGGCCAGCGGCCCGCGGUGGAUGCCCCGCCGGAGCCCACACUGCUGGCCCUGCAGCACCCCCAGCGCCUCCACCACCACCUCUUCUUGGCGGGCCUGCAGCCCCAGCGCUCGGCAGAGCCCAUGCGGCUCUCAAUGGACACGCCGAUGCCCGAGUUGCAGAUGGGGCAGCAGGAACAAGAGCUGCGGCAGCUUCUCAAUAAGGACAAGAGCAAGCGAAGUGCCGUAGCCAGCAGUGUGGUCAAGCAGAAGCUGGCAGAGGUGAUUCUGAAGAAACAACAGGCGGCCCUAGAGAGAACGGUUCAUCCUAAUAGCCCCAGCGUUCCCUACAGAACUCUCGAGCCCUUGGAGACGGAGGGAGCUGCCCGUUCCAUGCUCGGCAGCUUCCUGCCUCCUGUUCCCAGCCUGCCUUGCGACCCCCCGGAACACUUCCCUCUGCGCAAGACAGUCUCCGAGCCCAACCUGAAGCUGCGCUACAAGCCCAAGAAGUCCCUGGAGCGGAGGAAGAACCCGCUACUGCGGAAGGAGAGCGCCCCUCCCAGCCUCCGUCGGCGGCCAGCAGAGACCCUUGGUGACUCCUCCCCUAGUAGUAGCAGCACGCCGGCAUCAGGGUGCAGCUCCCCCAACGACAGCGAGCAUGGCCCCAACCCCGUCCUGGGCUCCGAGGCGCACUUGGGCCAGCGGCUGCGGCUGCAGGAGACCUCUCUGGCCCCGCUCGCCUUGCUGCCCACAAUCACACUGGGGCUGCCCGCCCCUGCCAGGGCUGAUGGUGACCGCAGGACCCAUGCGACUCUGGGCCCUCGGGGCCCAGUCCUGGGGAACCCCCAUGCUCACCUCUUCCUGCCCCAUGGCCUGGAGCCCGAGGCUGGGGGCCCCCUGCCCUCUCGCCUGCAGCCCAUUCUCCUCGUGGAUCCCUCAGUGUCUCACACCCCUCUGCUGACUGUGCCCGGGCUUGGGCCACUGCCCUUCCACUUUGCCCAGUCCUUACUGACCACCGAGCGGCCCUCUGGAUCAGGCCUCCACCGGCCACUGAGCCGGACCCGCUCAGAGCCCCUGCCCCCAAGCGCCACUGCCCCCUCACUGCUGGGCCCCCUGCAGCCCCGCCUGGAGCGGCUCAAACCUCACGUCCAGCUGAUCAAGAGGUCAGCCAAGCCGAGUGAGAAGCCCCGACUGCGGCAGAUACCCUCAGCUGAGGACCUCGAGACGGACAGUGGGAGCGUGGGGCCGCUGCGGGAUGAUGGCCUGGAACAUAGGGAGUCCAGUCAUGGGCAGCAGGAGGCCAGAGGCCCUGUUCCUCUCCAGCAGCACCAGCAGGUGUUCCUCUGGGAGCAGCAGCGGCUGGCUGGGCGGCUCCCCCGAGGAGCCACUGGAGACUCCAUGCUGCUUCCCCUGGCCCCGGGCAGUCACCGGCCCCUGUCCAGGGCUCAGUCGUCCCCGGCCGCACCUGCCUCGCUGCCGACCCCAGAGCCCGCCAGCCAGGCCCGUAUCCUGCCCAGCUCAGAGACCCCUGCCCGGACCCUGCCCUUCACCACGGGGCUGGUCUAUGACUCGGUGAUGCUGAAGCACCAGUGCUCCUGCGGGGACAACAGCAGGCACCCGGAGCACGCGGGCCGUAUCCAGAGCAUCUGGUCCCGGCUGCUGGAACGGGGGCUCCGGAGCCAGUGUGAGUCUCUCCGGGGCCGGAAGGCCUCCCUGGAGGAGCUGCAGUCGGUGCACUCUGAGCGGCACGUACUCCUCUACGGCACCAACCCGCUCAGCCGCCUCAAACUGGACAAUGGGAAGCUGGCAGGCCUCCUGGCACAGCGGAUGUUCGUGAUGCUGCCUUGUGGCGGCGUUGGGGUGGACACCGACACCAUCUGGAAUGAGCUGCACUCCUCCAAUGCGGCCCGCUGGGCUGCUGGCAGUGUCACCGACCUCGCCUUCAAAGUGGCCUCCCGUGAGCUAAAGAAUGGUUUUGCUGUGGUUCGGCCCCCAGGACACCAUGCAGACCAUUCCACAGCCAUGGGCUUCUGCUUCUUCAACUCAGUGGCCAUCGCCUGCCGGCAGCUGCAACAGCAGGGCAAGGCCAGCAAGAUACUCAUUGUGGACUGGGACGUUCACCAUGGCAACGGCACCCAGCAGACCUUCUACCAGGACCCCAAUGUGCUGUACAUCUCCCUUCAUCGCCAUGACGACGGCAACUUCUUCCCUGGCAGUGGGGCUGUGGAUGAGGUGGGAGCUGGCAGCGGUGAGGGCUUCAAUGUCAACGUGGCCUGGGCUGGAGGUCUUGACCCCCCCAUGGGGGAUCCUGAGUACCUGGCUGCCUUCAGGAUAGUUGUGAUGCCCAUCGCCCGGGAGUUCUCUCCGGACCUGGUCCUGGUGUCGGCUGGGUUUGAUGCUGCCGAGGGUCACCCGCCCCCACUGGGUGGCUACCAUGUUUCUGCCAAGUGCUUUGGGUACAUGACACAGCAGCUCAUGAGCUUGGCUGGAGGUGCGGUGGUGCUGGCCCUGGAGGGGGGCCAUGACCUCACAGCCAUCUGUGAUGCCUCCGAGGCCUGCGUGGCUGCUCUUCUGGGCAACAAGGUGGAUCCCCUCUCAGAAGAAGGCUGGAAGCAGAAACCCAACCUCAAUGCCAUCCGCUCCCUGGAAGCUGUGAUCCGAGUGCACACUUCUUGCCCAGGUGAAUACUGGGGCUGCAUGCAGCGCCUGGCCUCCCGUCCAGACUCCUGGGUGCACAGGGUGCCAGGGGCCGAUGCAGAAGAAGUGGAGGCAGUGACGGCGUUGGCAUCCCUCUCCGUGGGCAUCCUGGCUGAAGAGCGGACCUCAGGGCAGCUGGUGGAGGAGGAGGAACCCAUGAAUCUCUGAGGCUCCAGAACGGAUCUGCCACCCGCUGCGCCCCGCCCCACCCCACCCCGUGGACCUGGUUCUCCUCCAACUUCUGGCAGCAGUACCGGUUCCCGGGGUCUUCAGAGAUCCUUCGGGCAGGUAGUCGGGGCCAGAGAACAGCCUUGACAGUCACCCCAAGGACCCCGAGAAGGCCCGGGGUCUAGGACAGGGACCAGAGGACCUUGGAGGAGGCAGGCUGCGCAGCCAGCCGGGCCCUGGUAGGCCUCUCCCCAAAGCAGAGUCUACCCCUCUGGGUCCCGGCCCCUAGCUGGGCCCGGCUCCUCAGGACUGCACAGAGGAGGACUGGCUCAGCUGGGCCCAGCCCGUAACCACUAUUCUAGGCUCUGUAGACCCCGGACUUUGCACACAGCCCCAGGCUUCACACAGAAAUGUGAACGUGGCCUCUGCCGGAGAGGCCCUUCCUAGGCUCUGGGGGCUGGAGUCGGGGGAGGAUGGUUAGGAGGAACCGAGGGGUCCCGUGUCCCUGGGUGCAGGGGAGCUCCUCCUCUCCUGCUCCCUCAGAUGACUCUGGAAGCUUCCUCCCCAUCAUGGGGCAGUGAGGCAAAACCCCCUCUGAGAGCAGGCACGGCAGGCCUCCCAUCUGGCCCCUGCCCCUGUCAGAGGACUCCCUGCGUCGACCAUCUCAGUGCCCUGGUGGAGCAGACAGGUGCUCUUGGAGUUCGUGCUUCCUGAUCCAAUGGUGCCAAACCCUCAUCUCUCCUCAGAAGCACAGCGUGACCCCCCCAGGGCUCCCUCAGUCACCAUGCCCCUCUGUGAGCCUUCUCUCUUUCUGGGGUCUCCUAGACCCCAGCUGACUUUUGCCCUACAUAGGACUAGCUUGGCUGAGGGGAGAGUGGAUGGAAGACAUGGGGGAGGGGGAGGCUACCCUGGCACAGUCUUCGAGGCUUCUGGGGUUGAGGCCUGGGGCCAGGAAGGAAAGUAUUUGUGUGUGUGUGUGUGUGUGUGUGUGCGUGCGUGCGUGCGUGCGUGCACGCGUGCAUGCACGCGUGUACGAGUGAAAGAGUAAGAGGGAGUGUGUGUGUGUGCAAGCGCGCGUGUCUUCCCCAGGACCACUAUACCCUGUGUAUGUAUGCAUGUUUUUGUAAAAAAGAAAAAAAUGGAAAAAAAUCUGAACAAUAAAUGUUUUAUUUGCUUUAAAGGUGCAUGUGAA